GUAUAUAGCUAACUAGUUAGCAAAAUUACAGCCUCAAACGAAUGCCUACAAAAUAGUGUGAAUGUUCUUUACAAGCCAGAAUGUUGAAUAUAAUUACAUUAACUUGCUAUACUGGUUUUCUGUGCGGCUUGUCAAAACUAUUGUUUACCCGACAUUUUACUGAGCUGGUAGUUGGUUCGGUUCAGCAUCGAGAUAAAGUUAGUUUUAUGUGGGAUAUUAGGUUCUCUCGUCUAACUAUUUAACCAAGCAUGCCAUGAAAUGUGUGUAUUCCGAAUCUAAAAAAAAAUGUUAAGAUUGAAAUUCGAAUUUAAAAAAUGACACAAUGAAAACUUCACACACUAAAAAGUAUGUAAAUAUUCUCCAUCCACCCCGAUUCAGAAUGGCCUAUGUAAAAUGACCUAGGUGCCAAACCGAACCAUAUAGAGGACACAGUAUAAAUCAUAAUACCCAUAAAACCUUGCAUUCAAAAGGGAAAUGGUUCCAAUCGUUUUUCUGCCAUUCAUUUUUCCCAUAGGGGAUUUGAGAAACACUUAAAAUAAGGGCUGUGUUUUGUGUAGGCUUACCCAGGCGUGACGUUUUGAUAACUGUUUAAAUCUCUCUCCGACAAGAUUACUUUUAUCAAUAUAACGGAUUUGUAGUCUUGCAAGAAGUCUACUUUGACUUUAACUAGCAUUUUUUAAUCUGAAAGUAAAUAGAUCCGAAUACAUUAAUAGUCACCUUGUCCGUGGGAGAUUUGCAUGUUUAUCAAAACGUCAUGCCAGGUUAAGCCUACAUGAAACACAGACCUUAUUUUAAGGGAUUCUAAAAUGAAUGGUGGAAAAAAGAUUGGUACGAUUUCCGCAGACAACAGUACUGGAAAGAUGAGCAGCCCUCCCAAACCGACAACCAUACCUCACAUUGUAAAAGAGGAGGUCAUUGCAUCUGGGAAAUGGUUGAAACUUGAGAAGACCACCUAUGUGGACCCUGUUGGAAACACAAGAACUUGGGAGACUACGAAAAGGACAACCAGACAGGCCAAUGCAGCAGAUGGUGUGGGGAUCAUCGCCCUCCUGAAGAGGACCCUCCACAAAGACUGCGUAGUCAUGGUGAAGCAGUUCCGUCCACCAAUGGGGUGCUGUACCCUAGAAUUCCCUGCAGGUCUGAUUGACGAGGGUGAGAGUGCAGAGAUUGCUGCUCUGCGAGAGCUGAAGGAGGAGACUGGUUACAAGGGGGAGGUGGUAGGAGUCACCCCAGUGACCUGCUUGGACCCUGGCCUCUCUAACUGCACCACACAGAUCGUCAUGGUUAACAUCAAUGGAGACGACCUCGAAAACACCAACCCCACACAACAGCUGGGUGAUGGAGAAUUUGUUGAAGUUCUUCUUCUACCUCUUGAUGAAUUCCAGAGGGAAAUUGAUGACCUGAUGAAGAAGGAGAAGAUUGUGGUGGACUCUAAGGUUUACAUCUACGGCAUGGGGAUGUCCCAGGCCUUCUUUAAACCCAAUGAACUCCGAGUGCUCAAACAGUGAGAGAAGGAUGGGGAGAGAAAGUAAAGUGGAGAGAGUAGACUAGAUUGAUGGGAAUAGAGGGAGAGGGUAUAUGCUGCCGACUCCUUUUUUUCUAGUCUCUCUGUUACACUACGAAUAUGGACUAAGCCAGGGACAAAACUGUCAACAGGGUGGCCAUUUUGUGGCUUUAAGCUGUCAUCUUGGGGAUCAGGCCAUGAGAUUUAUGGAGUGUUACCCUACAGCUUGUAUUUUCCAAGACCCACCGCCGUUAUCAGUAUCCUCUCUUUAUAUUGAGGUAUGCGCCAUACGUCCCUGCACCUUUACCUGUGGGGAUAGUCAUAAUUAGAUACCAUAUUUGUGGUUAAUGUGAUAUUACAAGCUGUCCGAUAAUACAAAUUCUUACACUGAUUGGAAAAUAUUUUCUAAAUUCUAACUGUGAUUACAUACUGGAACAUUCCCAACUUUCACUAACUCGACUACAGCUUCACUGUAAAAUAACUUUUAGGUACUGGUAUAAUAAUGUGCCUUGAAAGAUGUUACUCGCAACUGCAAUACUUUUGUGCAUGUCGGUGCAUUUAUGUUGACACCCAUUAGUUCACACCAAUGUUCUGUUAGACCAAGGUGCAGGUGUAGAUGUCUCCUUCCUGGUAUGAAGCUGACAUGCAGCUGAUCCUCACAUUUUAUUUAGCAAUUAACAGUAAUUGAAUUAACUUGAUGUCAAUAAACGUGUUAUUCUUAAAGAAACA